UUAAGCGUCUACACUACCACACGGUCAAACAUUGGUGCCGAGAGCAACGUAGACCUGGUUUUGAACGUGGAGGAUUUUGAUAUCGAGUCCAAAUUUGAAAGGACAGUGAAUGUCUCUGUACCAAAGAAAACCCGAAAUAAUGGCACGUUAUAUGCCUAUAUAUUUCUUCAUCAUGCCGGCAUUUUGCCUUGGCAUGAUGGUAAGCAGGUGCAUAUAGUAAGCCCUCUGACCACAUAUAUGGUCCCUAAACCAGAAGAAAUUAAUUUGCUCACAGGAGAAUCAGCCACACAGCAAAUUGAAGCGGAAAAACAGACCAAUGCUCUAGAUGAACCUGUCUCUCACUGGAGGUCAAGAUUAACCUUAAAUGUCAUGGUGGAAGAUUUUGUAUUUGAUGGAUCAUCCCUCCCUGCUGAUGUUCACCGUUACAUGAAGAUGGUUCAGUUGGGGAAGACAGUGCAUUACCUUCCAAUAUUAUUUAUUGAUCAGCUAAGCAACAGAGUGAAAGAUUUGAUGGUUAUAAAUCGUUCAACAACAGAGCUACCUCUGACAGUGUCAUAUGACAAAAUAUCUCUUGGAAAACUCCGGUUUUGGAUCCACAUGCAGGAUGCUGUGUACUCCCUCCAACAAUUUGGGUUUUCAGAAAAGGACGCAGAUGAAGUAAAAGGAAUUUUUGUUGAUACUAACCUGUACUUUCUGGCUUUGACAUUCUUUGUAGCAGCAUUCCACCUUCUCUUUGAUUUCCUUGCAUUCAAAAAUGACAUCAGUUUCUGGAAGAAAAAGAGGAGCAUGAUUGGGAUGUCUACAAAAGCAGUGCUUUGGCGGUGCUUUAGUACUGUGGUAAUAUUUCUUUUCCUUUUGGAUGAACAAACAAGUUUAUUGGUGCUGAUCCCAGCAGGCAUUGGUGCAGUGAUCGAGCUCUGGAAAGUGAAGAAAGCUUUGAAAAUGACAAUCAAGUGGCAAGGCUUGAGACCCAAAAUUCAGUUUGGUACAUACAAUGACUCUGAAAAGAAAACUGAGGAGUAUGAUACCCAGGCUAUGAAAUACUUGUCAUAUUUGCUCUAUCCACUGUGUAUUGGAGGUGCAGGUUACUCCUUGCUGAACGUCAAGUACAAAAGCUGGUAUUCCUGGUUGAUUAACAGCUUUGUCAAUGGAGUGUAUGCUUUCGGAUUCCUGUUUAUGCUGCCCCAGCUGUUUGUGAACUACAAGAUGAAAUCUGUUGCACACUUACCGUGGAAGGCUUUCACAUACAAAGCAUUCAACACUUUUAUUGAUGAUAUAUUUGCUUUUAUCAUCACUAUGCCAACAUCUCACAGGCUGGCGUGCUUUAGAGAUGAUGUCGUGUUCCUGGUCUAUCUCUACCAAAGAUGGCUUUAUCCUGUGGAUAAGAGCAGAGUGAAUGAGUAUGGAGAAUCUUACGAAGAAAAGCCAAAAAAAAAAGCUCAUAGAGAAUAACUAAGAAUUGAAGAAGAUUCUGACCCCUGGACUCUUACUAGCUUCAUGUAUUAUCUGGUCUUAAGGAAGGAAAAACUUAUUUAAUAAGAGUAUUUUUAAAGCUUAUGACAGAACUACAUGGACAAUGCAUCUUCUAUAUUGCCAAAAUCUAGUUUUGAUAUCCUCCUAUUUCAAGAUCCUCUUUUGUCCUCACAAGGUCCACAGUCUGCCAGAUGUCAUUAAGUAAACUUCCUGCAUUUAAACUUCUCUUCAGUGAAAACCAAAGUGUGCUGACCAUUGUAAUUAAUAUCCAAAUCUACGUUUUUAAGACAACUGACUAACUGGAAGUGUGGUGCCUGUGCCACUAGGCUAUGAAAAGUGAAAAACGAACCAGUGUGUUACAACAGAAUUGAGCAUUAUUGCCAAACUGGAGGCUGUCAAAAAUAAAAUUUAUAAUAUUGGA